ACAGUUUCCGUGACGUACAACUGGUUACGCAAAGCCUUGGAGGUCGGUGACGCAGCUGAACGACUGUCUUCUCCUUCUCUGAAGGUCUCCAAUGGAACACAACUAAGUAUCAGCAGAAUCAACCAGCUCCUCCAGAGUAAGGUCCUGUCAUCACCAGUGAAGUACACUUCAUCUACAAUGUGUGGUCCUGACUUAAACUGAACAGGCUAGGGGUCAAGGUGGACGUCUCAAAAGGAUAUCAGCAAGGAUGACUGACACAACUGUUAAGAUGGCGGACUUCCUGACCAGUUUGGUCCGUCUGUCAGAGAAAGCUGCUCACCUGGCCCGGACCAUCCGCUUGGAGCACGCUCUGUUUGAGCUUCUAGUGGAGGAGAAGACGGGGACGGCCAAGAACAAACGUUUCCAGCAGGACUUUAAGACACUGGCAGACGUCUUGAUACAGGAGAUGAUUAAACAUGACCUUGGCAAACAGUUCCCUUCCAUCGUUGGCCACAUCCAUGGUGAAGAAGACAACACCUUCACCAACCAGCUGGGAGAGACAGUCACAGUGCAGGUGCAGCCCUCCCUGCAGCAGACUGCAGACCUACUCUGCACUGUACUGGAUGGGAACAAACAUGCUGCAGCAUUAUUGGCUGAAGCAGUGCACUGGGACGUCGCCAUGGAGAUGGAUGAGAGAUUGACAGCUGCUACCAUGGACAUCUCUGUGGAGUCACUGGGGAUAUGGAUAGACCCUAUAGACUCUACAGCAGAGUACAUCCGUGGUGCGGAGGAUGAGACAGCGACAGACGGCGUGUAUCACCGCGGCCUGCAGUGCUGCACUAUUCUCAUUGGUGCUUUUGAUCGUGAGUCAGGGCUGCCUGUCAUGGGAGUCAUCAAUCAACCAUUUGCCCAGAAGGACCAAGAAACUCUGAGCUGGAAGAGCCGACACCUGUGGGGAGUGUGUUACAACGGGUACAGCUGCCACUCACUCACUGCUACCAUGGCAACGGAACCGUCCCACCAAUCAGAAGCAAGCAGGGUAGUGCUGAGUGAAAGUGAGUCGGAUGACAUAAAGUCUCUUCUAAGCAAGGCUGGGUACAGAAUUUGUUACGCCAAUGGUGCCGGGUACAAGAUGCUCUGUGUGAUCGACCGUCUGGUGGACGCCUACUUACUGACCAAGUCCUCUACGUACAAAUGGGACACGUGCGGGCCUCACGCCAUCCUUCGCUCACUCGGUGGGGGCAUGGUGGACCUAGACGCAACAAUACAGUUAUUUACUGGUAAAGAAGAGACUGGAGAAGCGGUCUUGCAAAAUUUGCAAAUCAAAUACAACCAACGAGAUUCAGGUAGCUCAACAUGGGGGAACAUGGGAGGGUUGUUAGCUUACUGGUCACCAGCGUGUGCACUUAAUUUACCAAGGACCUUUUGUUCAUUAAGUUAGAUUAUUGCAUAUAGUCACACCAUUGAGUUGUCAUGGAAGCUCAUCUGUGUUGGUAGUGAUUAUACAUUGUAGUACAAUGCUUAACUCUUUUUCAACAGAAAGGUGUAGACGGACAACCACUGUUGCCUUCUUCAGGAUCAAUUAUGAAAUGACCAAUCACUUCAGAAUGUAAACUCGCAAGAGUUACAAAACAGUCCCUAGAGAUGGUUGGCGAUAUGAUUAACUUCCUGGCAUGUUUGCCUAGUUGCUUUCAUCACGUAUUUGCAAGAUCAUCUGUCAGUAGGUCACGUGCAUGUAACUUUCUUGAGUUUAUAUUCAGGUCAUUAUUGAUCCUGAAGAAGGUGACAGUGGUCACAGAAAAUUUGAUCCGUGUAUACCGUUUGUGUUUGAUGACAGAUAAGCAUUGUACCGAUGCAUUGUGAUUGGCUGUCGGUAAGAGGUACAAGAUGUACAUAAUGUAUUAAGUACAUGUUGGCAGGAUUCUCAUAUAUUUAACAGCAGUGUGUAUGUUGGCAGGAUUCUCAUAUAUUUAACAGCAGUGUGCUCUGUAUGAUUAUGAGUUCAUAAAAGCUGGACUUAAAAUGAACAUUGUCAAACAAAGUGCCAACUGGACAGAAGUCUUGGUCUUAGUAGAAAGUUCCAAAUCACAGUCAAUGUAGACACUAUUGUGAGAACUGAAGAAGCAAGAAGUCAUGUAGGCUUAGUUAUAUUACAAGAAUCAGGAAAUCGAUCCUAAAACCUGUCCUCGAUCACAGUUCAGUUUAAAGUGAACUGUUUACAUUUUGAUUUAUGAUUGGAGAGGGGAGUGUUCUAUCACUGCUGAAUGUCAUGUACAAUCUUUUAUGUACUGUAAAAAAAACAGUGUAAUUGUUUUUAACAGAUUAACUACUAAUAGGUUAAAUUUUCACAGCCAGAUAAUUCUUCUCACUCUUCAGGCCAUCUUGAUUUGAUUAUAUGGAUGACAAUUCCACUGGUA